AAAGAAUCGAGCAAACACACUUCUGGGGGAGGGUAUCCAUUUAGAAGGCUGCUAGGGGAGAAGAUUCUGGAAUAUCUGCUGCCUCACAGAGAACCAUCCUCCCUUCCCCCAACCCCGCGGGCUCUUUGUCGCAGGGGACCAGGCUGUAAGUCAUUUUCUGGGCUGCCUCCUUGGCAUGGGGGUGAAGAAGAGCCUUCAGACUGGAGGGAAUUUACUUAAUCUCUUGAGCAGCAUCCUCACAGUACUGUCUACUACCACCAACUACUGGACCCGACAGCAAGGGGGGCACAGUGGCCUAUGGCAGGAGUGUACCCAUGGCAAAUGCUCCAACAUCCCCUGCCAGAACACCGUGGCAGUGUCCGCAGCGUGCAUGGUGUUGGCAGCAACCUUCAGUAUUGUAGCUUUGGGGAUCGGGAUAAGGAUUCAGUGUCGAGAGGCAGAGUCACGACGUAGCCAGAAUACCAUUGUCUUACUUUUCCUCAGCGGGUUGCUGCUGCUGAUUGCCUUGGCCGUAUACACUUCAAAGAAUGCCUGGAAGCCAGAAGUCUUCUUCUCCUGGUCCUACUUUUUCGGAUGGUUGGCUUUACCCUUCUUGUUUAUUGCGGGUAACCAGCACGAGGGGAAGAGGGUGGAGACUACCCCUCUAGAGGACUCCCCUCCCCAGAAACUUCCCAGUCACCUAUUCUUCCUAGCAAAGUCCACAAUAACUUCCAGUGACUUCCCCGCCCCUGCACUCCAAGACACCCGAUGGAAACGCCCUUGGAACCCCCAUCCCUAGCUCCCAGGCAGGCCAGAUCAUCCGCCCCAUAGCCCACCUUCCUUCCCCGGGCUCUGUACUCCCUUCCUGCCAGGCUUCUGCUUUCUGCUUGCCGACAUGAUCUUGCAGAGCACCGAAGCCAUCAGCGGAUUCCCGGUAUGCCUAUGAAUGCGGCCUGCCUGGGGCAGAAUAAAGGAAUGGCUUUUAGCCUCGCCCCUGCGUGCUUUUCUGCGGAACGUAGAGACAGAAGCUUGGAGAC